AUGGCCUCGUGGAAUGACGAAGCAGCGCACGAGAUGGCAUUGAAAACGCUCAUAUGUGGUGGAAUAGCUGGUAUAGUGACUUGGGCAUCUGUAUUUCCUCUGGAUGUCAUUAAGACAAGACUGCAGACCCAGAAAUCCUUUAUGUUGGCUACCGUCGAGAGCGGGUCACCGCCAGGAAAGCUUCAUGAAAGGCACAGGGUACUUGAUUCAUGGGAAAUAAGUAAAGAAGCAUACAGGACCAGCGGAUUACGGGUGUUUUAUAGAGGGCUAGGGGUAUGUAGCUUACGAGCCUUUGGAGUGAAUGCUGUCCAGGUAAGCUUUCUUCACCGCACAACACUCAUAUUGAGAGCUGACCAUGCCUCCUUUGCAGUGGGCAAUAUACGAAUGGAUGAUGAAGGUGUUCAAUGA